UAAUAGAAUUAAAGUGAAAAUUCAAAUAAAAUGAUUGUCGUGAAUAAAUGAGGAUUUCAUUAUUGCAGUACUUGAAAUGAAAUAAAACAACAUCCUUUGCACUGUCGUUUGUUAACAACAGUAGCAUGUGAUUAUAUAUUAUCGCAGCUCGUUUGCAGCCAGCCAAGGAUAUCAAAAAUUUGACUUCAAAAUUCAAUGGUAAUGCAUUAAACUGGAGCAUGUCUUUUUAUCGAACAAACAGCAUGUGUUACCAAACAGUUUAAAUCCUUGCCGAAAAAGUUGACGAAAAGUUGUCUUAGUAAUUUCAAUUUUCAACUGUUCAUAGUAUCCUUCGUCAUUUUUUUCGUCCUUGUCAAGAAAUUGUAAUAAUUCUAAAGCUUGUAAAAAUAAGAAAGAUAAUAAUGUUUUUAUCUUUUCCAUUUUUAUGCGCCCUCGACAUUUGCAAUAUUCUAACCGAACGAUUUAGAAGCCAUGUGAGUACUUAGCAGCAAAAGCGAACGACUGUCAACAAUGCUACCAAAGAAGAAUAACGGCAAACAGUACAAAAACAUUCUGCGGAAAACGAAUGCUGCUUAAACAUUGUAUCCAUCAUUGCAUACGAUUGCGAUAAACCUUCUUCACUACAUCAUGCAUGUAGUUACGUUAUACAUGUAAGACCAAUGAAACGCAGAUAUGACAGUGGCAUUCCGUUUUAAGUCUGGCGCAUGUUGUCGUCGUGAUUGCACAGUUUUAUAUACGCCAUUUUGCACUUUUCAAUAUAUGUUUUUUACUUAAUUAUUUUUAAUAUUGCCACAUGAAGAAGAACAACAUCGAACACCCGAAUAUUAAGAAAACUUAAAAAUUAAGAAAAAUAAUACAAACUAACAGAUAGCAGAAUCCAAAUAACUUCACAAAACGUGGCCAUCAGUCUUCCAUGUGUCUCAAAUCUGAAUUUACGCAAGAGUUCAUAAAAACAAAACAUGCGGGUGCUGCCGAUGCUAGUUGUGUCGCUAUUAUGGCUGUUGGUUUGCAGUGCAUAUCGUUUUCUUGGGGUGUUUCCGCAUCAAGGCAAGAGCCGCUUUAAUAUGCUGGAAGGUCUGAUGAAGGGUUUGGCCGAUAAAGGGCAUCAGGUUGACAUAAUCAGUCCAUAUCCACAGAAAAAACUCUAUCCAAACUAUACCGAUAUCGCAACAUUGCAACUACCUGUAGAAUUAUGGAACAAUAUGACGUAUGAAUUUAUGCUACAAGUAGUAGUGGGCCCGAAUCCAGCAAAAGCUGUCGCGACAGACGGUGGUACUGAAUUUUGUAAACUCCAUCUGGGGAAUCCGGUAAUACAAAACAUAGUGCGCAAUCCGCCAAAGGAUCCACCCUACGACGCGAUGUUUAUGGAGCUUUUUGGUGCACCUUGCUUUGGAGCCAUCGCCCAUUUGUUAAACAUACCUCUGAUUGGAGUCAGUACGACGUCACUACUUCCAUGGCUUCAUGAAUUAAUCGCUCAGCCCGAGAAUUUGGCCAUCGUGCCGAAUAACUGUGUGAAUGUGAUCAUUCCCAUGAACUUGUGGCAACGUACAUACAAUGUUUUCUCCUUUAUCUACUCUAAGCUGUACUUCACCUACUACACAAGCUCACAGGACGAUAUAGUGAGGAAGUACUUCGGGCCGAAUCUGCCUAGCAUCCGGAGUAUGAACGUGGCACUGAUCCUCAUUAACUCUCACAUCGCUGUGAAUGGGAUCCAACCGAUGACACCUGCUCUCGUCCCAAUAGGCGGAAUCCAUAUCCGAAAGGACGAUUCGCCAUUGCCUCAAGAAUUAAAGAAAUGGAUGGACGAUAGUAAAGACGGUUUUGUGUACUUCACCUUCGGCUCGAUGGUACUGAUUGAAACGUUUCCGCGCAAAAUCCUCGAUGUGUUUUAUGCCUCCUUGGGCAAGAUAGCACCUGUACGAGUUCUAAUGAAGGUGCCGAAGCCGAAAAAGUUGCCGCCUGGGUUACCCAAAAAUAUUCAUACGUCCCCUUGGUUGCCGCAACUUAAAGUAUUAAAUCAUCCCAAUAUAAGAGCCUUCAUUACUCAUGGUGGGCUCAUGGGUACCCUUGAAGCAAUCACUUAUGGUGUUCCCAUGAUUGGAAUUCCUCUAUAUGUCGAUCAAUAUAACAACAUCGAUGCUUACGUCGCGAAAAACAUUGCUGUGAAACUGGAUGUCCAUAAGAUGACUGAAGAAGACAUGGAUGCAGCCUUGAACGCGAUCUUGCACGACCCGAAAUACAUAGAGAAUAUUAAAAAGGUGUCCCAAAGAUUCCACGAUCAACCGCUUAGCCCUGUUGACACCGCGAAUUACUGGAUCGACUACGUGAUUAAAUACGGCGACGAUGUCUUACGAUCGCCCGCCAUGGAUUUGGCCUGGUGGCAAAUAUACCUCAUCGAUGUGGCCGCGUGUCUGUUGCUUUGCGCGGCAGCCAUUAUUACAGUGGCGGUGUUCAUCAUACGUUUCAUGAUGAAAAUGAUAAAUAGAAAUCAUCAGAGGUUGUUACAUUCGAAGAAGACUAAUUAGCUGCGUUUAUUCGAGAGAAGUAUUAGAAUAAAAGAAACAACAUUAUGUAAUGAUUCAUGGAAGGCUAUUAAGUUUUAGCAGAUUCCUAUAGGAAAUUAUACUAUUAGAAAUAUUUAUUCCAUCAUAUGCUAAUAUAAUAUACUAUAUAGUAUAUACAAAAACAAGUAAAGGAGUUUUUAUUCUGCGCAACCAAUAAAACGAAUUCUGUGUGCUACAAUCCUCAAUUUGGGGAGAUUACGAUUUCUGAGGCGCCCCGAUUUGACCGUUGACUCUUCAUCUAUGGGCCAUUACAAAGUGAAUUUGAAGAGUGACAAAAGUCGAUUUUCCGCUUAGUUUCCUAGUUAAAACGUUAUUUAAAUAGUAAAGAUCGCAAAAGUUUUUACUGUAUAUCUCCGAAAAUAUUGAUGUGAGGAAAAAAAGUGUUAGGCAAAAAAUGGAACCACUGAAAAACUCUACAAAAAAGUUAUAUGCAUAUUUAUUUUACAUAAACGCUUUAUUUUGGCUGUUGUGUUAGAAAAUAAUAAUUUUAACGGUAAAACUGCUGUUUAGGGGACCCACCUCCGAUGACCUUGACCUCGACCUUGACAUAUGUUGUGUAGGUCACUCAGGAAAGUGUUCUCUAUAACAUAUGUCAAGGUCAAGGUCAUUGGAGGUGGGUCCUCUAAACAGCAGUUUUACCAUUUUCACUUAUAAAGGGCUGGUAUUUUUCCAUUGAAAUAAAUUUUGGUAAAUAUGAAGAAGAGCUCCUUACCGGGAUCCGUGCCGUGUAUGUACCAGGUGAUCAAAAUCUGUAUGGUAAAAUCUGUUACACUAGCUCCAGCGGGGUAGAGGGGCGAAGCCCCUCCCCCCUCCCCGCCCACCCGCGUAGCGGGCUGAAAACCGCGCAUGCUCGGUCAGUGUGUGCUACGCCUGUAGGCUAGUAGAUUGUCGGUAUGACAGAUUUUCUUACCCCGAAACUAUCACUUUUUAACAAUUUGUAACUUUGGUUCUAGUUGAGAGCGACGAUUUUAAUUUUCAAAUUCGUGUUUUACGCACUUAAAUGUAUUAAAAAUUGUUAUUUUUUACAUAACAGGAAAAUAAUAGGUUUAUAAAAAAAAAUGCAUAUCACCUUUUUUAUAGGGUUUUUUAGUGGUUUCAUGUUUUGCUCACAAAUUUUUUUCCUCAAAUCAAUAUUUCCGCAGAUAUACAGUAAAAACUUUUGCGAUCUUACAAUUUUGAUAAGGUGUUUACUCGAAAACUAAGCGGAAAAUCAACUUUAGUCACUCUUCAAAUUCGCUUUGUAAUGGUCGAUAGAUGAAGAAUCAACGGUCAAAUCGGGGCGCCUCAGAAAUCGUAAUUGUGCCCUCAAUUUUGUCGGAAAUUCAACAUCCCCUAAAACGUUAAUAUUGACCUCUAUAUGUACCGGAGUGAGUGUGCCUAUUGAGAUAGAAGUAUUUGAAAUCAUUUGUUAAUUGAAAAUUAAGAAAUGGUGCACUAUUGUAAUAAACAAUUGUAAAUCCAUGAUUAUGCUGGUGUGUUAAAGGCCCAAUGUUUUUUAAUAAAGGUAGUAAACCUGUGCCUGACGUCAUCUUUAUGCGAUAGACCAAUCAGAUGAUACUAGAAAGAUACAAAGAUUCAUCAACCAAUCAUUCGUCAGUUCCUUCGUGAUUUUAAGAAAUUGUAAUACUUCACAAUCUCUUGUAAAAAGAAGAAAGAUAAUAAUGUUUUUAUCUUCUCCA